AUGUUCUCCACAUUCUGCCAUCUAUUCCCGGGGAUUUAUGGCCUGGAGAUCGACUUUACCGAUACCUCAUUCUUCACUAGCAGCCCAAACCGCCACCUCCCAACACCCGCCCAGGUCAGAGCUUUGUCCAAAGAUAUUGAUACAUGUCCUCAGCCAACUCCUAUCAAAUUUGAAAACCUCAACCUUAUUGUCAAAUUCGGUCUUUAUGUGAAAACUGCCGAGGCACUGAAUCUCUGGAUGAUCAAAAAGGUUUUCCAUAACAAGUGCCGGGAUAGUCUAGGUACUAUGGAGAAGGGCGCUAUCUCCGACCAGCUAUCACAGAUUAUGGAGUCUCUUCGGCGACUCGAGCAAGACCCCUCUGAUCAGUUCAUCGGAUCAAUCCAUCGACAGAGCCUUCUCGACUACGUAUUCAUCGGCCAGCUCAUAACUGGACCAUUUUCUAGCACCAAGGAGUUCAACGACUGGCUCGCUUCAAUAUACCGAUCACGCUUUCCCAACAGAUAUGGUUAUCGCAAUCGAUGUUCACUUCCGGAUAAUGGGGAGAUCAAACUUACACAUGCGGAGCUGAACCCGAGAAAUAUCAUCGUAUCCUCCUUCACUCCGGUUGAGAUUGUUGUCAUAAACUGGCGGCAAGCGGGUUGGUAUCCGGACUACUGGGAAUACUGCAAAGCGCUGGAUACCUGCUGGGAUGAUAGGUGGCGCAAGGGUUAUGUCGACAAGGUUUUACAGUCUCACGCGGAUGCGUUCUUUGUUUGGUCUGAAUAUUGCAUGGUACUGGGUACCAAUUGA